UUCGCCCACCUCGCUCGCGUGGCCGACCUGUCUCUCUCUCUCUCUCCUUGUUCCUCUACCCGUCUCCGGUAUUAAAGCCCCAUCGCCGUUCGCCCAACUCCUCCGUGCUCCCCUCCCUUGGGCGCACGGAUCGAUCGCCGAGGCCGAAUCAAAUACACCGCCACCAAGAGGCCAGCCCAACCAACGCCAACCACCAUCAUCCCCGCCCCCGCCUGCGCGCUGGAUCCCUUUGCCUAGCAGCGCGGCUCCGGGAGGACCGGUCCAUUCCAUCCAAGUGCGCAUGGUGGCGAGCAUUGCCGGGGCGGCGGCGGCGGCGUCGUCGUCCGCGCACGCGCCGGCCGGGCGGCGGGCCAAGAGGGAGCCGGUCCACAUGCACGCCGGCAUCCGGCGGUCGCGCUCCGAGCCGCACCUCCGCUGCUCCCGCCGCGGCGGGGCCGCGGGCGCGUCGCUCACCACCAGCCGCUCCAUCGGCGUCUUCCCCUUCCAGUUCGGCGCCGCGCCGCUGCGCCCGCCGCCGCUCCCCGACGGCGGCGGCGGCGGGGACUACCGGCUCCUCACCGUGUGCGCCGGCGAGACCGACCCGGACCCGGACCCGGAAAUGCCGCAGGUCAGGACGCCCGAGGACCACUGGCUGGACCGGCUCCUGGAGCUGCGCUCCCGCUUCCACGACCCCACCAAGCGCUUCUUCACCGACAACGACAACCUCUUCGAGGAGGAGGACGACGACGACUACCACGAGGACGGCGGCUGCGGCGUGAACUGCGAUGAGGAGCACACCGCGCCGGAGGCCGAUGACAAGUGGGACCGCGAGUCCUUCGUCAAGCUGCUGGCGCGGGCCCCUCUGGGCGAUGCCCGGCUGUUCGCGCAGCUGGCCUUCCUCUGCAACAUGGCCUACGUCAUCCCGGAGAUCAAGAGGGCUGAGCUGAGGAAACACUACGGACUCGAGCUGGUGACGUCGUCGGUACAGAAGAAGGCCGAGGCCAGCGCCGUGAGCGCUCAGGUGGACGGCGACUCCACCCGGCCGCCGGGCGACGCGCAGCAGUACGAAGUGGCUGCGGAGCCACAGCCGCGGCGGCCGGUCCGCCGCUCCAACCACCUGGCCUACGAGGUGGCCGCGUCGGCCGCGUCCUACGUCCAAGCGCGGGCCCGCGGCCUGCUCUCGCUCCGCGGGCAUCAGCAGCCACCGGCCGGGGAAGAAGACCGGCUGUACAACUCCGGCAUGGCGGCCUACGUUGCCGCUUCCACGGUGACGGCGGUGGUGGCCGCCGAGGACGAGGCGCGGCAAGAGGCCGCGCGUGACCUGCGGUCGCCGCUGUCCUCGCCGUGCCAGUGGUUCGUCUGCGACGAGGCCGACAUGCGCACCCGCUGCUUCGUCAUCCAGGGCUCCGACUCGGUCGCGUCCUGGCAAGCCAACCUCCUCUUCGAGCCCACCGCAUUCGAGGACACCGGCGUUCUCGUGCACCGCGGCAUCUAUGAGGCGGCCAAGGGCAUCUACGAGCAGCUCAUGCCGGAGAUCGUGGAGCACCUGAGGGCGCACAAGGAUGGCGCUCGUCUGCGGUUCACGGGGCACUCGCUCGGCGGCAGUCUGGCGCUGCUUGUGAGUCUGAUGCUGGUGGCGCGCGGGGUGGUCGGUCCGGAGUCGCUGCUCCCCGUGGUCACCUUCGGAGCGCCGUCGGUGUUCUGCGGCGGGCAGCGCGUGCUGGAGGCGCUCGGCGUCGGCGAGGACCAUGUCCGCGCCGUGGCGAUGCACCGGGACAUCGUGCCUAGGGCAUUCUCGUGCCGGUACCCCGGCCAUGCCGUCGCCGUGCUCAAGCGGCUCAACGGCGCGCUGCGCACGCACCCCUGCCUCAACAGCCAGAAGGUGCUGUACACGCCGAUGGGCACGACGUACAUCCUGCAGCCGGACGGCAAGGCGUCGCCGCACCACCCGUUCCUGCCGGAGGGCGCGGCGCUGUUCCGGGUGGCCAACCCGGAGGAGCGCGCGGAGCCGUCGGGGUCGGGGAGGGCCGUGGUGGCCAGCGCCCUGCGCGCGUUCCUCAACUCGCCGCACCCGCUGGAGACGCUGAGCGACCUCUCGGCCUACGGGUCCGAGGGCGCCAUCCUCCGAGACCACGAGUCCGGCAACUACUUCCGGGCGCUCUACGCCCUCACCAAGGUGGCGCCCCGCCGGCGGAAGCAGCCGGAGAUCGUGUGGAGGCUUCCCGGCGUGGAGCGGCUGCAGCAGUACUGGUGGCCGGGGGUGGCGGGCACCGUGGUCCCGAGGCCGGUGACCGUCCGCAGCAAGGAGCUGGUAUCCGAAGCCUGAAUCACUGCAAUUCAAGCAGGAUCAUUUGAUGGUUUGUUUACUGUUUAGAUUUAUCAUAAGUGUUCCUAUUGUGAAAGUGGCAGCAACAUGACAUAUAUGGAUUAUGAAGUACUACUUGAGCGCGGGUUUAAAGGUCCGUUGGACACCGCCCGCGCGUACCACGUUUACAAGGAAGCUGCCUCGGUCGCCCCCCCCCCUCCCUCACACGCGAAACCGCCCCAUGCAUGCACUACCUAUGUUGUUUAUACAGGACAUCUGCGCGAAGCUCGUUCGUCGUUGCUCUGCUAGAAAAUCUCAUGUUGUUAGAGAAGAUUCUGCCUUGGUACCGGUGUUACCCGAAAUGAGACAGUAGACUGGUUUGAUAAUUUUUAGAGAGACACUUGGUGAAUCCUACGGAUCAAUGAUUUUCUCAACAAAUUGGAAUAUGACAGAGCAGUGUCCAACCAUGAUGUGUAUUUGUGCCAGCCUGGCAAGUCUGCUGAUGGCCUGAAAUUACUGACAUGUGAUGCAUAUUGUUGCAACAAUAGACCACAAGAACAUGCUACUCCUUGUAUACCGUGGUGAUACCCUGCAAACAUUAACCAAAGACGAUGCCCUGUUGGAUGGCGUGUAUGAUUUGCCUAAGGUAAUUACAGGAAGGGAAAAGAAAACGUGUGUGCUGAUUAUAAAUACCUCAAAGUCCAUUAGGGAUGAGAUCAAGGACAACAAGGAGGUUUGUGUCAUUUAGUGAAGGAUUUGAUACUGAUGUUGCCACUGAAAAAACAGAGGAACAAGUGGAUGACAAUAGUGAGGAAGAGGCAAAGGGUGAAAUUGUAAAAGUUGAAACAUAUGAGUAUUUUAAUGAAAGGGGCUUUGAAGUGUCAGAUGAUGGUGAUUUGGUUUAGGCCAAUGUAGACUGACAUGUUGAUGAUCAU